AGUUUCAGCUCGUAUCCUUUUCACUCGCCUUCCCUACAUUCUUGCCGUGAAGAGAGAGAGAGAGAGAGAGAGAGAGAGAGAGAGACAGCUGUCGAAGAAAGAACUCGGAAGGGAGAAAGAGGAGGAAUUCAGGAAAAUGUCUCUGGUCGCUGAGGAGAUCAAAGCCCAAGCUGAGUUCUACCGUGGGGAUGAGAUGUGCCAGGAGAAAUCCAAGUUCUUCCUCAAGGAGGCGGGGUUGCCCAAUGGGUUGCUCCCGCUGAAGGACAUGGAGGAAUGUGGGUAUGUGAAGGAGACUGGGUUUGUGUGGAUGAAGCAGAAGAAGAAGACUGACCACAAGUUCGAGCAGAUUGGGAAGCUGGUCUCUUACGCACCUGAGAUCACGGCCUAUGUUGAGAAGGGCAAGAUCAAGAAGCUGACUGGUGUGAAGACCAAGGAGCUCUUGCUGUGGGUGACCCUGAGUGACAUCUAUGUGGAUGACCCACCCACUGGGAAGAUCACCUUCCGGACUCCUACUGGGCUGUUCAGGACCUUCCCUGUCUCUGCCUUUGAGGUUGAGGAGCCCGUCAAGGAUGUGAGUAAGAACAAGGAAGUGAAGGAAGGCAGUGCAGCUGUGGCGAUUAAGGAGGUGUAGAAAUUUCCUUGGAGAGGAGAACAAAAAGCAGCCAUUAAAGUGUUCAUCUUUGUUUUUUUGCUAGUCUUACUAUAUGCUUUUGUUGCUAGUCAUGUCUACUGUGGGACAUUGAUGAUGAAAGGGGAAUUCAAAUAUUGAGUAACUUUUAAUGCUUGCUGAAUCUCAUCUU